GCUUGGAGUGUGAGAAGAGAGAGACUCCAAAUAAACAGAUAAAAGGGAACACCAGGGGAUGUUCACACGAGGAGACGACUCUACCUAAAUCAAAGAUGAUACAAUAUUAGAGCAGUCUUGUGCUUCCACUGGGAGAGAAGAAGAAGAAGAAGAAGAAGGUGGGGUUUGUUCUUUGAUAUCUUCAGCCAGAGAGAAAGAGUGGUUUGUCUCAGGAUCAUCUUCGUUGAAGGAAGUGGAUCAAAGAAGAAGAACAUGGAUACACCAUGGAAUAAUUGGUUCACACAAAGUGGAAUGGAUGAGUCCAACCUUCUUCGCCAGUGGGAGAUAGCAUCACCCAAUCAAGACAUCCCACAAGCUGCACCUGCACCUGGGAGAGGCUUAAUUCCACAGUCCCUCUCUUCCGAGAGCCACACCUCUCCGCCUUUCCGUCCUGUGAGCAGCAGCCCAGGGUUUGUUGCAGGGUCAAGUAUGAGUCAGGAGAUCAUCAGCUGGGAUUUCUCACCCGGUGCAGGAAAAAUGGAUCCCGGUGGCUCAUCCCUACCAUCUCUCCUGUUGCCCAAACCAAGUCCACAGAGUGAUAGUGUCCCUGGAAGAGCUGUGAAGAUGAAGGAAGGGAUUAGGGUUUGUGCUCCCGGUGGUUCCAAACAGCGGCAUGGAACGCUUCUUCAGCGAGCAACACUGUCUCAAGCUCAGGAGCACAUCAUCGCGGAGCGGAAUCGAAGGGAGAAGCUCAACCAGAAGUUUAUAGCACUUUCGGCCAUCAUCCCUGGCCUCAAGAAGGCAGACAAAGCUUCAAUUCUUGGCGACGCAGUGCGAUACCUCAAAGAGCUUCAAGGAAGGGUGAAGGCCCUGGAAGACCAGAACAUGGAAAGGACUGUCGAGUCCGUCGUCCUCGUCACGAAGGCUCAGCUCUCUGCUGAUGACGAUGGUGGCUCGUCCUCUGAUGAGAACUUCGAUGGGCAACCAUGGCAGAAGCCUUUCCCUGAGAUCGAAGCAAAGGUUUCCGGGAAGAUGGUGCUCGUGAGAAUCCACUGCGAGAACCGCAAAGGAGUUCUUGUGAAGAUCUUGUCCGAGAUCGAGCACCUCAACCUCACCAUAACCAACACCAAUGUCAUGCCAUUUCUAGGCUCCUCCAUCAACAUUACAGUGACAGCACAGAUAGAAGAGAAAUUUUCCAUGACAGCGAAGGAUCUUGUGAGGAAGCUAAAAUCUGCUUUGACCUAGAGUCGAUGUGUGAGGAGACUAAAGGAGUUUGUGGUGUUCUCUCUUGUCAGUAGACUCGGAAAGCCAGAACUAAUAGGUGGUACUGUACAAGUUUAGUACUUGAAGAGCUCCUUCUUUCUUAUGGUCAAGAAAACUAAGUCAUCUCUCUCUAAGAAUCUCCAUAACCACUGCUCCCACUUUCCUGCAACUUGCUUCGGGUAUAUUAUUUGCAUGGUUGACUGCAAGUUCUCUCUUAGUGUUUAUCCACAGCGCAGGGGUUAUGCACAACAAUUUUGGUGUUUCAUUUUGGUUGUGAAUGCUGCUGGCAGAUGGCUUGAUGGGGAUCAAAACUUGUAGUGAUUCUAAUGUCCAGAUUGCAGAUCCUCAUUUCAUAUUUCUUGUUUGCCUGCAGCUAGCUUUCUUGUACUUUAUAGAUACCA